AAAGUGUAUAUAAGUAGCAGCAUCACACCUCCUACUAGCUUUCUCGAAUCUCACCCCAUCGCACUCUUUCUCCACACCCUCAUCAUAUCACCCCGCCUACGACGCCCAUCAUGUCCAGCCGCUCCGCCAUCUCCAAGCUCUCCCUCUCUACUGUAACUACCCUCCUCCUCCUAUCCACCCCACCAACAACAGCCUACUCCUACAAAUACCCCGCCCUCUUCGUCUACAAAGACACCAACUGCACCGAUAUCUCCUUCUCACUGGUUUACCCCAGCCUGGGCGACUGCAACGGCGGGUACUACAACUACGCGGGCUCAUUCCAGAUGUUCAAUAUUGACGCCGCAUAUACCUGCAACGACAGUGACACGACACUUACGUUCGAAAUGUAUAAUAGUUCUGGAACGGGCUGUGGCGAUGAGAGUGAUUUGUUGUUUAGACAGCCUGUUACGGAGGAGUGUACGGCUGCGGAUGUGGAGAGUCCUGGGCCGUUGGAGAUGCCGGUUUGGUUUGAGUUGGGGUGUAUGUAAUGAAAAUUGUUUGGGGGAGGAGGGGUGGAUGUUAAUCUCAUUUUUGUACAUACAAUGAUGAGUUGGUACGGGUGAAGUCUCCUUCUUUCCGCCCGGAUAUUCAUAUACGUCGCUGUAUGGAGGGUUAGUUGCUCGUAGAUGACUACCGAUAAAUGUAUAAUCAUGACAACGGGCACAAUUCUGUCUAAUCAAAUAACCAAAAUAGG